CUUCAAAUCUAAUCCACAAAACCAUUCACACAAUCUCAUCUCUAUCUCUCUCUCUCUCUUCCUUUUUCUCAUUAACGUUUCUUUAAAAGAAAUGGAAGAUUACGAGCGAAACUCAAACUCUCCAACUCAUGAAGAAGAUUCUGAUGUACGGAAAGGUCCAUGGACCGAGGAUGAAGAUGCAAUCCUAGUCAACUUCGUGUCUAUCCAUGGUGAUGCUCGUUGGAACCACAUCGCUCGUUCCUCUGGGCUAAAGAGAACUGGUAAGAGUUGCAGAUUAAGAUGGCUUAAUUACUUACGUCCAGAUGUUAGAAGAGGCAACAUCACUCUCGAAGAACAAUUUAUGAUCCUCAAACUCCAUUCUCUUUGGGGCAAUAGGUGGUCGAAGAUUGCACAGUAUUUACCGGGAAGAACGGAUAAUGAAAUAAAGAAUUAUUGGAGAACCCGAGUCCAAAAACAAGCUAAACACUUAAGAUGCGAUGUUAAUAGUAAUCUUUUCAAGGAGACAAUGAGAAAUGUUUGGAUGCCGAGAUUAGUGGAAAGAAUUAAUGCCCAAUCAUCACCCACCACGUGUAAUCCAGUGGAGUCAAUGGUCACCACCGACCCAGGUCAACCUAUUAGAGAACCGAUUCCGCUCGAACCGGGUUUCGUUCAAUUCAACCAGCAAUUUGUACCGGCAUCGGAAUUAUCCGCAACGUCUUCGAAUUCGCCGGCUGAGACGUUAUCGGACGUUCAAGGUGGGGUGGUGAACGGGUCGGGUUAUGACCCGGCGGGUCAAACGGGUUUUGGAGAGUUCAACGAUUGGGGCUGUGUUGGUGGGGACAACAUAUGGACCGAUGAGGAGAGUUUUUGGUUCUUGCAGGACCAGUUCUGCCCUGAAACGACAUCGUAUUCGUAUAAUUAAGGAAAUAUACGAUUACGAUACGU